ACCCUGAAUUCCCUAUAUCCGCUCUCCCCGGACCCUGCAUUCACUAUAUCCGCUCUCCCCGGACCCUGCAUUCACUAUAUCCGCUCUCCCCGGACCCUGCAUUCACUAUAUCCGCUCCCCUCUAUCCGGACCCUGCAUUCACUAUAUCCGCUCUAUCCGGACCCUGCAUUCACUAUAUCCGCUCUCUCCCCGGACCCUGCAUUCACUAUAUCCGCUCUCCCCGGACCCUGCAUUCACUAUAUCCGCUCUCCCCGGACCCUGCAUUCACUGCAUAUAUCCGCUCUCCCUGGACCCUGCAUUCACUAUAUCCGGUUUUCCCCAGACCCUGCAUUCACUAUAUCCGGUCUCCCCGGACCCUGCAUUCACUAUAUCCGGUCUCCCCGGACCCUGCAUUCACUAUAUCCGGUCUCCCUGGUCCCUGCAUUCACUAUAUCUGGUCUCCCACAGACACUGCAUUUACUAUAUCUGCUCUCCCCGGACCCUGCAUUCACCAGAUCUGCUCUCCCAGGACCCUGCAUUCCCUAUAUCUGGUCUCCUUGGACCCUGCAUUCACUAUAUAUGGUCUCCUUGGACCCUGCAUUCACU